AAUAAAGCCAAUUUAGAUAUUACCAAACGGGCUCUAAAUUACUUCAAUUAAAAUUUAAACAUAUUCGCAAGAUUGUGCGUUCUACAAGAUUUAACUUUUGGACUGAAAUUUGCUGGUCUGGUCUGGUCUGAACUGGUCUGGUAAACAUCUGGUCUCUGUGUAUUUUAUAACUACGGAAGUCAAGUCUGAUCUGGUCUAGUCUAAGACUCAAAACAAUCCAAAAGAAAACAUCCUAAUAAUGAUUACACAUUACAUGUUUUGCAAAGAUUAUUUUAUACGGGGGAAAAUCUGGAGGAUAAUAUGAGAAAAGUUAAAUUUAUAUUGUCUUAUUGAGAGUCUUUGUAAAGUUUACAACCAAAGCAAACUCGAUGAUUCCUGAAAUGAAAAUUUAUUAAAAGUUUAGAUUUAGAUCAAAAAAAUAGAUAUGUAUACUUCCUCCGUUCUUUAAUUCUUGUAACAUUGCGAUUUUUAGACUAUUCACAAAUCUUACUUUGACUACGAUUUUCUACUAAUAUACAUAAAUAAAUUAUUACGUAUAAAAUAUUAUCGAAUUCCUAUCAAUGUGAAUUUCCAAAAUAUCAAAUUUUUAUAAUGUUUAUUAAUACAAAAAUUGUGUUUUAACAAACGUGAAAGUGAAAAUGUUGCAAGAAUUAAAGAACCCAAAAUAAUAUUAUACGUAGUAUAAGCUAAGCUUUUAAAAUGCAUGAGAAGCAAACGUAUAAACACGCUUUUGAUAAUGAUCCAUAGUGGAAUUAGUCAUGGUAAUAUAGUAGUGUGUCAUAUCUGGUCUGUUUUGGUUACCCAUUUAGAAAUCCAACAACCAGUUCGUAUUAAGCUUGUUGCUCGUCUGGACGCAUAUGGUCGAUGCCCAUUACCACCCAAGUAAUUGAGAAAUAGUGUUCAGAUUCAAAUUUCCCGACUAUUUGGAUAACUAUUAGAUUUCCACAUCGAUCGAACUACUGUUUCAGUAUUCCGAUCUCACUGUUACUCAUCCAUUUUAAGGAGCAUUUCUCCCAUCGCAUAUUUGAAACGUGGUAAUAUGUCCCUUUCUUGCUAUUUAAUUUUUGUUGUUGAUUCAGGUGUGGUGUUGCUGCUUGCGCUCCCUAAUUCUGAAGUCUAUUGACUACCCUCCAAAACCUCUAGACAUGUAAAUUUGGAUCUGAUCGAUCACAGUCAGCCUCGUCGGUACUGGUAGUACAGGACGAAUCCAGCAGGACUUCCUUACAACUACACUCAAAAGGGUCGUUAACCUUGCAACUGAAUCCAAAAGGGACCUCCCACCACGCGGACUUGAGCCUGAAUUUCCAUCAUCCCCUUCUUAGCCGCUGAGCGAUUCUGUGAAGGUAGGAAGAAUAAUUGGAAGCAAGACCUCUUCCAUCUCCCCUAAAGUGCCUAGCGGGUUUCGAACCCGAGACCAUACGCUAGGCAAGGUAGCUCAGUUGGUCCAGUGGUGGUAAAUUUGAAACAAUGAUCAAAGAUCGAAACCCGCAACGGCCGUGUGGAUGUUACAAUUCAUGUGUGCUGAACUGAACCUCUGGUGCACACGAGUAUAAGGUCUACCACCAUUGGACCGACUGAGUCACCGUGACUUAUUCCUCCAUCAUUCUAUCGAGUCGGGGUGUGGGGCCUCGUGGGGUGGGAGAUUCCACCUUUUGGAACAACAAUUCAAAGUGCUUUGAUUCUAGAAUUUGAGAAUUUUACCAAACGUAGUUUGGUAAAGCGGGUUUGAGACGUUUACAGUCCACGAUUAGAAUUCCCUUAAACUUACAUUUAGAAUAAAAGCGUCCAUUCGGAAAGAGGUCAUAAACUUCAUAUGGAAAGAUUGACUUUAAGAAUGAUUAGAGUUUGAAUUCAAGUGUGUAGCUGCUAGGUGAGUAGUAGCUCCUAGAGCCACAUGGCUCUAGACUCCAAGGAACAUUAUUGGCAUGUGGGGCUGUCCACAUUCAGCAGUCUAAUUCUCAAUAAAGAUGGAAAGUUACAUGCUAACUCAUGAAGCUCCCUUUUCAGCUUCAACAAUCAGUUGAGAGUUUGUUACUCUAAUUUAUUCUCAAUUAUUAAAGAUAAAAACGUAUACAAAAAAGUAGGGAGAUGGAGUUUUUGCACCGGCAUAGGCCAUCUGAUACCUUUGAGUUGGUAGGUAUAAUUUUAUCGGAUAACAACAAUCGAACGUAGACCAUUGAUAUAGCUAACAUACUUGCAACAAAAAUACAAAGAUAAAUCGAAUAAUUGAACAAAAUAAAUAUCUCUAACAUUUUGAACUCUACUCUUUGGCAUUGGGGUUUCUCUAAAAAUAUGGUCAAUGAUGUGAAUAUCAAUUUAGAUGGGAUUUACUCUUACAGGUUCAAAUGCCCAACAAAGACCUUUCGGCUCUCUAAGAAGGUCUCCAUCGACGGCACAAGCGGGGUUCUUCGAUGGAAGAGAUUGUAAACCAGUACAAACAGAUGACAAUCGACGAGGACAACAAAGGAUUGAUCUUCGACGAUGACGAUGGAGGGGAAACUGUGACGAGCAAAGGCAAGGUAACCGUUCCGGUGAUUGGCAUGAUCGGUUCUCAGGCGAAUUUUCUGGAGGUUGAAAUUCUCUUCUACCAUACUACAACAGCUCUCCCUCCUCCGGAACAACCUCCCUGCGAGGAAGUAAUUUGGGGAAAGUUUUUAUUUUCGUAUUAUUUUUCUUUUCGCAGUGCUUAUUUUUAUUUCAGUUCGAGUAGGUAUGGUCGCGAUAUUUUGAUUUUUGAUGAACUCUUGAUAGACAGUGUUUCAUUUUCGGUCGUUUUAGGCUUCCUCUUGCCCGUUUAGUGUCAAGAGAGUCAGGUUGUUUUGUAUGGGUAGCUGACUCUAAG